CUUGAAACACGAAAGAGUCUUUAAUGCUUUUGUUGGAUAAAAUAAAUCUUUCGAAAGUUCGAUCGCCAGUGCAAACAUUGGGACGCAACAGUUACAGGAAUCGCGAAAGCUGCAGAUGAUAUCCUGUGCCCAAAUAUUCAGGCCCAAGUGAUGUGAGAGAUUGUUUGCCUUGUUGUUCAAAGGUAAACAAUGAAACAGAAUGACUGUGCAACCAUUUGUGAAAAUACAUCAUACAGGAUACUGAUGAAAAUAUGGUUGCACCAAGCUAAUACAAAAUGCAUUUAUUCUGAAAAUAAUGAAUCAGUCAGUUUUGUGUGAAGCACAUGCCCAGUAUGUGUCUCCAGAAAUGAUAUUUAUAAAGAACAGUAAGUUGUUAUCUUGAAAAUGUGACUUUGAUAGUGUUGCCUGGUGUCCUCAUUACUGUGCUAUGGAAAAAGACACUGACCUGAAUGUAUUUGGAGCAGAUUACUACAUUACUGAUCAAUCACAGGACAGGUAUGUCACACCCACAAGCAGCAAGCCCUCGUCAAAUAAGGGCACAAAGAUGAGCAUAAAAAAAACAAGAAAUUCCAAUAAACAGUCAGAAGUAUUAAUCCAGCAAUCAACAGGUCUGUUUGGCGAUCCUGCACUCUCAGUGACCAUGCCGUCAGUUCAGAACAAACCUGAAAGUCCAAAGAUGUCCACUGUUGUCAAGAAGCAGCCUGUGGGAAACAUUUUGCUUUUGAACUCCAGUGGGCAAAUGACAGCUUUUGGGAAGAGUGUUUUGUUAAGAAAUUCUGCACAAGGGACUAGUCUGCAAAUGACCUCCCAUGUUCCAAAGUCUUCACUCUCUGGGAGUGUUAUAAACUCAAAUUCCCAACCUCCAAUAAUUUUAGAGGUUCCUGGACAAUCAAUCCCUAUGAAUGUCUCAACUCUCCAGACCAAUGCUCAACCUACAGUGACACAAACAGUUAUAGGCAUGUCAUUGUCAAAAGGUAUUUGUGAUAAAGUCCAGACUGAAGGUUCAAACAGACAGGCAGAUAUCCACAAUAUGCUCUGUGAUGAUCAAUACCCCUUCACUGCAAGUUAUUAUGGGAAAGUACCGUACACCUCAGCCAUAGCUUCACAACUAGCAUCAGCUGUGUCUAAGCAUGAAAUUACCAACAUCUUUCAGAACUAUUUAAAGUCAAUAAGUGCGAUGGAUUCAUCCUCUGAUCAUACGACAGUCUCUAGAUUUGACUUCAGUGCUGAUGAUCAAAAGAAAACAUGUAUGGCUCCUCAAGUAGUCAGUGUGAAAAGUGGAAGAAAUUCUUGGAGGCCAUCAAGUGAAGGAUGUUCUGAAGAACAAGCUGGAACUACUGAGAAAAUCCCCGAGGUGUCUCAUGAGUCCUACAGUAAUAGUGCUUUGAAUACUGACUCUGAAGAAGAGGACAGCCCCGGGAUCAGAGUGACAUUUUCCGAUGAUCUGGUCCGAAAGUUUACUCAUAUUGACACUAGACCAGCCAUUGGAAUUCCAGUUUGUGAUACCAUGGAUACUGUUGAAGGUGGUAUCAUUUUAGGUCAGGAUGAGGACUUGCAACACAGACAACCAAGUCCGACUUUUGAGAAGACUCCAAAAGAAGUGAAGGAAAAGCCUGCAAAGAAGGAGAUCGAGACAUCAUCAACUUUCAGAAUCGGUGCCAUGGAAUUUGAUACUGAGACUUUGUAUAGCCUCAUCAUUGAGGAGAAGUCGGAGACAGAGUAUUUGUGUAAGAACUGCAAGGAGGUUCUCCCUGAUAAAGAAAAGGCAGUUGCGCACAUGGAUAUCCAUCACCCUUACAGAUGCAGUGUUUGCAGUAGGACCUUUGGUACCAUUGGGGACUUUCGAGAACAUCGCAAAACUGCUCAUGGGGAAGUUCUGUAUUGUACAAGGUGUACAUUUAGUACCCCACUGAUUACUAAACUACAGCGGCAUGUGAAAGCUGUGCACAAUCCGUACGAAUCCAGUGCAAGUCGGUUUGACAACUGUGUGUGCCACAUCUGUGGGAUGACGUUCACAGUGUGGGACUCAGCGGGAAACCACAUGGAAGAGGCUCAUGGGAUAACCAACAUUGCAAGAGAAGGAGACCUCAAGUGCCCAAUUUGUAACUACCUUUCCGGGAGUAAAACAUCUUUCCGAAACCAUAUGAAGAAGCAUGCUGGGUUGUACAUCUACUGCAAGUUUGAAGGCUGUAAAUACAAGUCAGUGUUGUCAAGACUUGUUGAUCUUCACUACGACAGAGUGCAUCUUGGGAAAAGGUCAUUUCCAUGCCCUUUCGAAGGUUGUAACGUUAGAUCAAAGAAGAAGACUGAACUUGAUAUUCACAUGAACAUAUCUCAUUACAAAAUAAGGAAAUACAAGUGCGAACAGUGCGGAAAAGGGUUCAUGGCCAAGAAACACCUCUAUGUUCAUUUGAGAAUUCAUUCAGAUUCAAAGCCAGUACAGUGCAACUUCUGUGAUUAUAGAUGUCGACAGAAGUCUUCAUUGAACUGGCACAUGAAGAAGCGCCACCCUGAUAUGGUGGAGGAGAAAGAGAAGGCCACAUACAAUGCUGUGCCAGGUAUUCCCGCCUUUCGCCAUCUGAUGAAGCCGGGGAGGAAGGGGAGAAAGAAGAUGAAGAAGAAACUGAAAAGUGACAGUGAAGACCAGGACGAACAAGAUGAACAAGAUGAACAGGACGAGCAAGAUGAACAUGAUGAACAUGAUGAACAUGAUGAACAGAACAGCUCCCAUUCCUCGGUUGACCAAGACGAUGUCCCAGGUUCCUCAGCUACAGGGGUCAAUGACACUGUCCAAGGAGACACCAAUGCCUCGUAUUUUGGUUUUUGAGAACGCUUUAAAAACCCACUAACGAUUCAGUGAUAUAUUGGUGCAUUGUGAUACUUUCUGACACAAAAUCUGUGUCUUAUUGUGAAGGUCAUGAAUCAAUAUGAACACUUCUUUGGUAGGAAAAUUUACUGUAAGCAUAGUAUAGUUUUCAAACCAUUGUUGCUUUAUAUAUGGUAAGUCUUCUUCAUGUUUUGAUCAGGUCUCCACCUGAGUUAUUUAUUUUGGGGGUCAAGCUGACUCAAAGCCUUACGCAAUAUGGGUCUCAAGUUUUGAAAAAUGGAGGUCCAAAGCUUCAGAAUGUGGUUCCCAGAGAAUGUGAAAAAUUGAAUACAUUACUCUUCCACCAGGUGACGUAAGAUUUCGCUUGCUCAGGGGCUAUAAGUUAAAAAUAUAUAUGAAGUUCCCCCUAGUGUCCAUGUUAGAUCUUAUUCAACUGUGCCAGGACGGAUCCAGCAUUUUUAAAGAGGGAAGGGUCCAAAAUCUCAAAAUCCUCUUUCAGAUAAUUUUACUACCUCCAACAUACAACAUUUUGUUUUCAAA